UCAUCUCUGAGCUGGACACGUAGUGGGGCAGGUGCAGCGACCUCAGCACGAAAGCACUCGCUGUUGCAGACAGGACAGCGGCCUAAACUGUCUGUGUGGUGUGGAGCAUGGAGGCAGGAUCCACAGUGAGCGCUGUGAGGAGCCAGAGGGUUUUGACUGGGGAGGACAUCAGGCCUGCGCUCCUCACCAUCAAAGAAGGAAAGAUCCACAAGGUCCUGCCUGAUCUAGGAGCCGCUCUGCACACAGCUGGUGAGGUUCUGGAUGUGGGGAACAGUCUGGUGAUGCCAGGUAUAGUGGACUGCCAUGUUCACGUCAACGAGCCAGGACGGACCUCCUGGGAAGGGUACUGGACCGCGACACGGGCUGCAGCAGCAGGGGGGGUGACCACCAUUGUGGACAUGCCCCUCAAUAGUAUUCCACCAACCACCAGUCUCGAGAACUUCCAGGAGAAACUGCAAUCUGCUAGCGGCCGAUGCUUUGUGGACACAGCAUUCUGGGGAGGGGUCAUUCCUGGCAACCAGCUGGAGCUGAGGCCCAUGGUGCAGGCCGGAGUGGCCGGAUUUAAAUGCUUUUUGAUCCACAGUGGAGUGGACGAGUUCCCCCAUGUGAGAGACAGUGACCUGCACACUGCCAUGAGGCAGCUCCAAGGCUCAGGAAGUGUUCUGCUGUUUCAUGCAGAGAAGGAGAUCCAGCAGCCACUGGCCGAAGACAGGGAUCCUUGUGAGUACUCCACCUUUCUAAGGUCUCGACCUGAUGUCAUGGAGCUUGAGGCCAUCCGAACAGUCACUGAACUCUGCCUUCAGUACCAAGUUCGUUGCCACAUUGUGCACUUAUCCUCAGCCCAGUCUCUGGAGCUAAUCCGGACAGCCAGAAAGGCUGGAGCUCCUUUAACAGUGGAGACAACCCACCACUACCUCACCUUGUCUGCAGAGGACAUCCCAUCCGGAGCAACCCAGUUCAAAUGCUGUCCACCCAUCCGAAGCAUAGCCAACCAGGAGCAGCUGUGGUCAGCUCUGAGUGCUGGUGAUAUAGACAUGGUUGUGUCGGACCACUCGCCCUGUACGCCAAACCUGAAGCACCUGGACAGCGGGGAUUUCACUCAGGCAUGGGGCGGCAUCUCCUCUCUGCAGUUUGGCCUUCCUCUGUUCUGGACUUCAGCCUGUAAGAGAGGUUUUUCCUUUCCUGACGUAGUAAGAGUCCUGUGUAAAAAACCUGCACAACUGUGUCGCCUUGACAACCAGAAAGGGAGUCUACUGCCAGGUCACGACGCAGACUUAGUCAUCUGGGAUCCAGAGAGAGAGUUUGUGGUGAAAGAGGAAAACAUACAUCACAAAAACAAAUUGACUCCAUAUCUUGGCGUUACGCUGCAUGGAGAGGUUAAAGGUACCAUAGUUCGAGGAAAGCUUGUGUACUUCAAUGGCUCCUUUAGUCCUCAGCCUCUAGGAGAACAACUACUUAUAAACCACAACGUGGCUCAGACAGCUCUGUGAAGACAAAAAAAAUGCCAAUGCUGCUGUUCACCUUGCAGAUAGUUAAUAGAUACACUAUACAGCCAAGAGUAUGUGUACACCAGACCAUCACACCUAUAUGAGCCUCCUGGAGAUCCCAUUCCAAAGCCAUGGGCAUUAAUAUGGAAUUGUCCGUCUAUGCGGCUGUAUAUGGGUUUCCUGUUUACACACAUUACUGGGUGCAUGUUCAGCCAGGGGCAAAAACUUUGGUAAUUUAGCCAAAUGUUACGAUUAUUGCAGAUUGUGCAUUGCUUGUAAAUUCUCAUUGACUCAGUAAUAAGAUGCCAUUUCAGACUUGGA